CACUAAAGACAAUCAAUAAUGCCUCCAGGUGGUAUGCACAGAAGCAGUUUGAAAAUAAUGCGUGCCGAAAUAUUUAUCAUAAUAUCAGUGACAUUCAUCACAGUGCUUCAGUUUGUUGACGCAGGUGCGUAUGGUCCUUGUUUAACUGAGAUUACUGAGACAGUAACAACUACCGCUACUACAACACAAACAACAGUAGAUACAAAAACAACGGACGUCACACAGGAAACCAAAGAAGUGAUUGUGAUAGAAGUGGUUUGAACUACAACGUAAAAUUUUAGAUAACUGUAAGUUGGUUGAAAUGUAUAAUGUUGCACAAAAUCAUAUCUCAGUGUUCUUCAAAUCGAUUCUUCAUUUAGAUAUCACAUGUUUUUCAACAAUUUUGUACAUGAUGAUUACACAAUAAAAUGCAAAUAUUAUUUCUGUG